AUGGUGCCGGACACCCGGAAGGCCGCCUCGCCUCCCUCCCUCCGUCCGUCCCUCCCCGCGUCCGCGGCCGGCGGUGCCGGUGGCGGUGGCGGUGGCGGUGCGGGCUCAGGGCCUCCCCGACGGGCGCGGACCGACUCCCGCCGCUCCGGUCACACGAGCCGCGGGGCGCGGAGGGGAGGGACGGGACGGGGCGGGAGCGGCCCCGCGGCGCAGGCGCGGAGCGGGCGCGGGAGCGGGCGCGGGGCUGCGGCCGCGCGUGCGCGGGCCCGGGGGGGGGCGCGGGGGGGUCGUGCGUCACCGCGGGGCGCGGCGGGGCCGGGGCGGGAGCGGGGAGCGGGGACCGGGGAUCGGGGAUCGGAGAGCGGGGAUUGGGGAUCGGGGACUGGGGACUGGGGACCGGGGACCGGGGACUGGAGACUGGGGACCGGGGACUGGGGAUCGGGAGCGGGGAACAGGGAUUGGGGAUCGGGGAACGGCGAGCGGGGAACGGCUACGGGGAUUGAGGAACGGGGAUUGGGGAACGGGGAGCUGGGAACCGGGGAACCGGAGAACGGGGAUAGGGAAGCGGGGACCGGGGAACGGGAACGAGGACCGGAGAUUGGGGAACGGGGAUUGAGGAACGGGGAGCGGUGA